CGAGGACAUGAAACACUUCCUGUUUUUAGCGCUGUAAACUCGUGGAUAGCUGUUUCCGUAAUACUGUAAUGUUAUGCAGGUGAAGACCAUGAAUUUACUCUGUCACUCGCGGAAAGUGCUGUCCUCGGUGUUGAGAAGUAGUGUUUUACUAAAGCCAACAGAGGCUUUUGGAAGCAUUUGUUCAAUCUCCAAAGCUCGGUGCAUUAGCCUGUCUGUGCCUCAACAUUUUACAGCAAAUCUGACCUCAUGUCAACACUCGCAUCACACAGCGUCCUUCACCGGGCACUUUGACAUAAAAAGAUGUUAUUCGGAAAGCGAAGAGAGCCGAAAUUCAGAGAGUAAUGGCGUGAUUGAAGAUGAUUCACAUGAACUGGACGAUAAUAGCAGCGAAAACAGCUCCUUAAGUCGCAGAUCCUUGGAGACUUUCAGUCUUGAUGUGCUGGUGUCUCUUCUGCGUCAGGAAAAUGCAGUAGACCUCUGUGUGAUUAAAGUACCAGAGCAAAUCAAAUACGCUGAGUACUUCAUUGUCGUCAGCGGUGUGUCACCAAGGCACUUGCGCGCAAUGGCACUUUAUGCCAUUAAAGUGUACAAGUUUCUGAAGAAAGAUGAAGAUCCAAAUGUCAAGAUUGAAGGGAAAGAUGCAGAAGAUUGGAUGUGUAUUGACUUUGGUAAUAUGGUUGUUCAUUUCAUGCUGCCAGAGACUAGAGAAGUGUAUGAACUCGAAAAACUUUGGACUCUCCGCAGCUACGAUGAGCAGCUGAAGAGUAUCCCAACUGAAACACUCCCAGAGGAUUUCAUAUUUGAUGUUGAAGUUACAAAGUGAAAACAUCUAAGGCUAAAUAAUAAGAUGUGCCCAGACUGAACUACUUUGAGUUUUGGAUACAUUCUUUACAGUCAAAACCAAAUCUGUUCGAUUUCCAAAAGUACUUUAAGUGACAGAAAUGCUGAAGCCCAACUUACCAGUAUAUACUGAUCUCAGAUAUAUUAACUGUACUAUCUACAUUAUAUCUCAUCUAAUGAGCAUAAUAUCCCAUGGCAAGACAUCCAUCUGUCUGCAGUUCACAAGAAUUGUUACUCCAUCUACUACUGGGCAGGUUUUAAUAAAACUUGCACACAAUGAAAAUAUGCUCCAAAUUGUUCUCAAGGUUGCAUUUUGCCAGAUGAGCUACUAUCUGAAGUCUUUAAUGGAACAUAAAGAAAAAAAAAAUACAUGCUUUUGGCUAUUUAGAAAUUGUGGCAUCACAUAACUUGUCCAACGAAGUAUGGACAAUAGAAAGUACGAUGCUAUAACAUCAAAUAUGCAGAAACAACAAAUUGUGUAGACUUAUGCACGGUGCCUUACACUUUGUUAUGACAUACACACCACUCGGACAUAGGCUCUUGCAAAUUUGCAGAUAUAGAAAGCAUGUUACUGAGCCAUCACAUCAUUUUUCUGCAGGGGUCAUCCCAGCAUUUACAAUGAUAGUGAUUUAUCUGUGAUAGGCUAAUGUAUACUUGUAUACUGGUCAGCCUUCAGUAUUUUUCUUUAGAUAAAUAAUCCAGAAACCCAACACCUUUUGUGUUUAAAAUUGACAACCUCUAAUGAUUCUGUUAAUUUUUCGUACUGUUUGACAUCACUGGUACGGUGAUAUGGUGUUUGUAAAAUGCUAAAAUGACUCAUGAGUUUGCAGAUAAAAUGUAUGUUUUAUCCUGUUUAGAUUGUUGAAGUAAAUUAUUUUUUCUUACAUUUCA